UGACGGAAGUUCGUAGCAGUCUGAAACAACAGCAGGCCCCCACUUCCGGGCAAUAUGUACCAGCUGUAAACAUGGCGGAGGAGCUAAUGGAAGUAGUCGAGAAGUUGCGAUUGAGGCUCGAGGAGAAUCAAGAGCCUCGCAAGCUUCUGAAAACUCUCAAAAGGUUGGGGGAGCUGCCCAUGACGGUAGACAUCCUGGUGGAAACUGGCAUUGGGAAGGCUGUGAAUUCUCUGCGCAAACAUGAAUUUGCUGGGGAGGUUGCGAAGAACCUUGUGGCCAAGUGGAAAAAGCUGGUGCCAGAGAGAUCUGCAGACAGACCAACUGUAAAGGAGGGGCGUUCCCACUCACGCAUUAAUGAGUCUGGAGGGCACAAACGAGUCCGGGAACGGUCUCCGGACGAACCUCCACUUAUGGAGGAAGAGCAACACGACGAGAUGGAAUACCAGCAUGGUUACUCGCCCUCGCCUCCACAGCACUACAGCUCACAGUACAGACACAGCAGUGCAAGGGGGUAUCAGUCAGAUGAGUAUGAAAGCCCUCCAGAAGAGGAGCCGGAGCAUGAGCAUGAGCCGGAGCCUGAGCCUAGUCCCCCACGAAAUGACAUUAGACACAACAAGCCACACAAAGAGCCAGUCAGAGAGCACAGUUCCCAAGACAUACGGGAACAGGAGAGACGGAAGCACCGACCCACGGGUGGCGGCAGCAGCAAGGCGAGGACGCAUAGAGCCGAACGAGAGCAACAGGGUGGGACGAGUCACAAAUCUAAACAUGAUCGACAUUUAAGCUCACACGAGAGCAAAAAGGAAAAGAAAGGAGGAAGUGAUGGAAAAUCAAGGGAGAGGGGGGAAGUUCCAGAGAAAAUGAAUGAGGAAGAGGAGCCUUUUGAAGCUCCAACCAUGUCUUUUGAAUCCUUCCUCACGUACGACGCUCCGACCCCAAGCAAAAAGAAGAAAAAGCAGUCCUCGCGACCCCCUCAGCCUCCUGCCUCGGUCCCUUCGGCUUCCUCGAAGUCUGGCAAGGCUAACGGGACCAGCAGUAAACACUCAAAGCCACCCUCUUCCUCAGCGACCACGCCUGCUGUUCCAGAGAAACGCAGGAAGGUAGUGGAUGUGGUUCCCAUGCUGCCUGAUAUCCCUUUGCCAUCCAUCCAGCCCAACUACAGGCCACUGCCCUCCAUUGAUCUUACGCCACUGUCCCCCCAGAGACGCAAAAUCGCUGUGUCAAAUGACGAAGAGGAUCUUGGCUGCGCAGGUCGAAGGCUGAACUCCAAAAUGGUUGUGUACUCUGGGUCCAAGUCCGCGUAUUUGCCGAAAAUGAUGUCUCUGUAUGAUCAGUGCAUUAGAGUCCUGCAGAACAAUAUAGAUUCAAUUGAUGAAGUGGGCGGAGUGCCAUUUGAGAUUCUGGAGCCGGUUCUGGAGAGAUGCACGCCUGAGCAGCUUUACAGGAUUGAGCAGUGUAAUCAGUAUUUCACAGAAGAGUCAGAUGAUCUGUGGAUGAGACACUGCAAGCGGGAUUUUAGACGUGAAACUCCUCAAGAGUAUGAAUCCUGGAGGGAGCUGUAUCUCCGGCUCCAUGAAGAACGGGAAGAACGUCUGCGCAAGCUCACGAUGAACAUCAGCUCUGCCCAUGCAAACAAACCUAAAGGACGGCAAGUUAAAAUGGCGUAUGUUAACUCCGCCGCUAAGCCUCCGCGGAAUAUCCUCCGUCUUCAAGAGAAGUUUGGCACUAAAAAUGGUUCCACCAGCACAAGCUCUGCUCCUCCAUCUGCCAGGAUCAGACCAGCAACAAACUACAGCUCCCAUAGCAAACCCGCCGAGGUUGGUCAGUCUUCUGUUAGCAGCCCCCCUGAGUCCUCCUCACGCUCCUCUGCUCCCAGCACUGCUGGUGGACACAGUGCCAGAGACAAACCACAAGUCAAAAAAAUUGCUCCUAUGAUGGCUAAGACUAUCAAGGCAUUCAAGAACAGAUUUUCUCGGCGGUAAAAGGGAAAAAUGUUUUAUGUGUGUGUGAUAUAUGAGAGAACAACUGGAGGAAAAAAAAACUUUUAUUCUGUAAUGCUUCAUAGGAAAUGUGCAAUGCCCUCUCACUUCUUAUGUUUUAAUGCUUUUUAAUAUUACCAGUACAGCUCAAUGGACGCAAUUACAAAAAGAUAUCAGCAUCAGCAACCAUCCACACUCAAUUGUCAUAGCAUGUCGUAAGCUUUUUCAAACACCGAAAAACAUGUGGUACACUACAGAUUACCAUGAGACACCACAACCCAGAUUCACUGUUACAUGUUUAUUUAAUUGCUAAACUAUAAUCACUGCAUCGUCAUGGGACUAAGUAUAUGAUUUUAUGGUAGAGUGAGAAUGAGAUAAGAUGUAAAAAGUUCAAGGACUGUACACUUCCUCACCAUCAUAUUUAUUAUUUUAAAUCUUGGACCUGGCAGCCCUGGACCUUGCCUUGAAUGAAAGAUCAAGUCAUUUUAAUAGAUUUUAUGAAGUGUUCUAUGGACAUUUUUAAUAAAAUCCAUGUGUUGCUCUCA